UGUGUGAUGGUUGGCGGGGAAAACGGGUUCAAAACUGACCGGUGACAUAAUAAAAAAGGUACUAUGAACGGUAACGUAACAGGUGAAGAAUAAUGGAUAACUCAUCUAACGGACAGUGGUGGAAAAAACAAAGCGAGGACAUUUUGCGAAAGCAAUAUCCCCUGCACUGCGCUGUCCGCGAUGGAAAUGUCGAGGAAAUGCUUUCUUUGUUGAAGACGGGCGAACACGAUUUAUACCAGGAAGACGACUUUUAUGGUUGGACCCCGACACACUGGGCAGCCUAUUUUGGCAAAUUGACAUGUCUAAUGCAUCUGCUUGAAAAUGGUGGAAGCUGUGAUAACGCGACACAUCGAGUGAACCAGACUCCAGCUCAUAUAGCGUCCCUCGCCGGUCACAGCCACUGCCUCAAGUGGCUUUUACACUGCGGAGCGUCCAUGAACCGCCAGGAUUAUCUUGGGGAGACACCUGUACACAAGGCAGCUAGAGUGGGCAGCAUGGAAUGUGUCAGUCUUCUUAUUUCCCAGGGUGCUUCACUGUGUAUGAAGAACCACAGCAGCCAAGUGCCCAGCAUGGUCGCAGCGAUCAGCGGAUUUCACGAAUGUAGUAACUACAUAGAGAAAGCUAUGCAACUUCAGCAGCAGAACCUUUAUACUAUACCGACAAAAACCUGUCUCGCAGAAAACAACAACAUACAGGCGUCUGCCUUUCAUGAAUCACAUCGCAACGAACUGAUGAAUGGCCACGCCAAUAGCAAUGGUCAUUCCGAAAUGAGCGACAUGGAAACGGAAAUGGACAUGACAAGUGCAUGUCCCGAUUCUUUGGGCAAACCCUCCAAUUCUCAUUUGAACGGUUUCAGUUUGCCUAUGGCAAAUGGCGACGUACAUGCGGAUCAAGCGAGGUCAGACUAUCCCUUGGACUACAGAUCUUUGACGGGAACAAAGCGAGGACGUGAUGAUUGCGAAGAUGAGUGUUUCAAAAGGAGGCGUGUUCAUGGUAAUCUGUCCACUGCUGUUGAAGCACCAGUAGAAAAUGCAGACUUUCACAUGCUUAGUUCCAUGGUUAGCCACCACAUACCUCUGUAUGAAUCCCUCGACACCACAGGACCCUUCGGUGAGCACCAUGUACGCUCUAGGCCACCCCACGAACAAUCGGCAAAAUGCACAUUACUGUCGUCUCAUAUGAUUUAAAUGGGAUUCUUAUGCAAAUGGUGUGUCAACAAAUGAAUUGUUACUUCCUACUUUGUCGGCUAGUGCCAUGGAGCACCAAGCGUCACUUCAAAUGCAGCACGGAUAUGACAG